CCAAAUUUACCAAACAACAGUGAGUUCAGUCGAGAAUGAAUGGAAACUUCAUGGUUCUGGUGCAGAGCUUCAAACCUUAAGGUAGCACUUUGCCUUUAGGCCUCGAGGAGGUUGGAGGAACACCAUGGCCUCCAAACCACAAAUGGUGCUUUUGGGUUACGUCGAUGAACAAGUAACUUCACGACACCAGCAGGCGAUCAACUAUUGUGUCAGUAAAAUAGGGGGAACUCCAGACUGGUGCGUGAGUGGCAGUGAAAUUCCAAUAUGUAAGCGAUGUGGUCGAAAACAGUCAUUAGUGGUCCAGAUUUAUGCACCCUUAGAAGGUGGAUUAUAUCACAGAACACUCUAUUUAUUUGCAUGUGUAACCCAAGAGUGCUGGAACCGUCCACAUAGUUGGACUUGUGUGAGAAGUCAGAUAAUUGAUCAUAGUGCUGUGAGAACAUCAUCUCCACCAAACAAGUCACCAUCUUUAGUGAGUUCAAGGGGAGGUGAGACGUGGUUUGAAGAUGAAGAUGAUUGGGGCGGCAAUGACAAUGAUGGAAAUGGCAAUGCAGAUAACUUCAACUUAGCUUCUUCUUCUCAGUUAUAUUUAGACAACAUGGCCAAGAAAGGCAAUGACCGAAGUAACCUCAAUAAUAUGAAUUCAAAUACAUCAUCAACUAUAACUGAUGUUGCACAAAGUUUGGAGAGCAAACUUAAUAUCAUUGAAGAUGAUGCAAAUGCCAAUGAAGCUGUUUGUGGUGCUGUUGGAAUUGUUGGUUGUGGUGUUGAAGGAGUAGAGGCAUCUGCUGUCAUUGAGGGACCUGAAGGGGACAUGAUUGCUGUGGAUACUCCAGAGCAACCUACUACAGAUAUUCCUGCACUUUUUCAGGAAGCAGCUCAAAUUGAUGCAAAUGCUGAUGUAACCUUCAUUCCAUAUUUUGUUGUGAGUGAUGUUGAGCCACCAGAAGAUAUAUCAUUUUCCGAACAUGAGAGAGAGCUAUUGUUGCGUUAUACUCAUGCCACAGGGCAUGACUUCAGAGAGGAAGAAGGUGCUGUAGGGGAUGGAAAAGGUGAUGGGGUUUACGAAAAAGAUGUUGCUUAUCAUGGCGAUGUACUUUUGCAUAAGUUUAAGAAGAGGUUGUCUCGUAGUCCACAACAGAUCCUCAGGUACUGCCGAGAAGAGAGUGUGUCCCCUCUUUGGUUAAGACCCCCAGGACCAAAUGAGAGUCCUGCAAAGUGCCAGUACUGUGGUGGGCCUGUUGUGUUUGAAAUGCAAAUAACCCCCCAACUUGUUCUUCACCUACGUGUUCCUGGGGUUCAUGGUUCACCAAUUGAGUUUGGAACUGUAGCAGUAUUUACUUGCGCUGCCUCAUGUUGGGGCGAGAAAGACACUUCGAGACAAGAGGCUGUCGUAGUGCAAGGUGAAGUGAUAUAAAGUGAUAAAAGUACAUAUGGAAGCAUUAUGUACACAAAUUUUCAUGACACGAUGUUAACACAAGUAAGUUUCAGAAUUUAUUCUUACAAUGGAGAAAACAGUUAUUUGCUAAGCCUAUGUUGCAGAUCAUAUUUAUUCUAAUCUCCCUAACUGAGAAGCUAAAAAUAGAAGUAUGUAUUAAACUUCUAUGAAGAGGAGAAUAUUAGGUGCACUGCCAUAUGGUUCUAAGCAGCAACUGUUUAUGUAUAUUAUAUACAUAUUUAAGUUUGAAUUCAUCUCUUCUCCACGGAUCACAGAAUCAUAUUUACUUGCGGAGCAGAUCAUCAUUCCCAAAGGCUUUUCAUAUUUGCCAAUGCACUUUUACCUCAGUAACAUACCUGUGCAAUACAAAGAAUGUGAUCAUAUCAUCUUCAUAAGUCUGAAAUACACAGAUACUGGAGAACUUUGAACUUUCUUUGAGUUGAUUUAUGAGAUACCAGCUGAUGAUACUUAAUGAGAAUUCAGUUCUGUAUAUCUCUCUUGCAAGUAACAACUUAUAAGGAAAGCAAGAUAUUGUUCAUACGCGAACAAACCUUCGUUCUUAACAAUAGGAUAAUUUCUAGCGCCUAGCUGGAUCCGGUUAAAUCAUUUAACCAGAUCCAGUUAGGCGCUAGAAAUGAUCCUAUUGUUAAGACCUCAGAUUUGUAGCUAUGAGAAAUACAAAUUGUCUUAGAAAAUUUGUCAUUUUAGGUGUGUUGUUCAUAGUAUCAUGGAAUAUAUCAUAACUUGCAAGCACAUAUUGGUUAUAAAUAUAGAAUCGAUGAUAUAUAAAAAUGGUAUUUGUGAUUUAAGAAUGCAACUUACAAUAACCAAAGAAAUUUUAUGGCAAGUACUUAUACUUGGUUAUCAGGUUCCAUUUUUUAUGAGCACUAAGUGAAGCAUUAAAAUAGUUGUUUUAUCAUAGAGGAACAUUUUACCUUUGUUUAUAUGUAUUGAUAUAGUCCUCAUAACAGGUUGUAUUAUUGAAUUAAAAGUAUGCACUAAUUAGUUUGUGUGUACAUCUUGAUUAAGAUGUAUUGUUAAGUUUCAUUGUAAUAACUUGCAAGAACAUUGGCAAGUAUUGUCAGUAGACUUUAAAAGAAAAUACUGUAUACAGGUAUAUUGUAUUGAACUAGGCAAAGUUGAGCUUCCAGUAUAGAUAUAUUACAGUUUCAAUAUUUAACUUGUCAUUUCAAGUAGAGUUAGGAAACAGAUAGCUAUUUGGAUGCAAUAUGCAGAUAUCUUCAAUAAAGAUGAAAAUGACUUACACAGGCUGACCAUUACAUGCCUUGCCCAAUAGCUUAUGUCAUUUCAAGGUUUACUGUACUGUGUAAAUGAACACUUGUCUCUUAGAUCAAAAUACAGUACAAUAUUUUUGUUUUAGUUUACACUACUCUUAUGGCUCAUUGUUUCUUGUGACAUCCUGUAUAUUGUGAUCUGGUGUACUGAUGUUAUUUUAUUGCAUAAUAAAUCAUGUCAGGGUAGAAAUAGGAGAUUCUGUUCCCAUUCAUGUACAGAAUGUAAUUUUACCUCUUGAAUGGAAGACAGUCAUGUUGUGGAAUUUUCAAUUUGAAGUGUUUUACUUUAGUAUAUGUUUUCAUAAUGGUGUCUAUGCCAGAUUCAGUACAUUUGUAUACUAUAGUUCACUCCCUUACUUUGAUAUAUAUUAUUGAUGUUUUCUUUAGUAAAUGUUGUCAAGUAGAUUGUAUUGUGUACACAGUUGCUAACCUUGAAGUGAAAUAAGGUAUGGGUGAUUUGUUAGAAAACUUGUCAGUUUCAGCUUGCCUGUUGAUGUUGGCAAUCAUGUGCCACUAUGAUGGCCAAGUUAUUGAAUGUCAGUAUUUUCUACCGUAAAUUAAUGUGUAUCCAAGAGUAAAGUUUUCUUCUAACUUUCAGAGAGCAAUAAACUUAUUUUCUAUUUUAAGUACUCAU